AUGUUCCACACGCCGGCUACACCGCACAAAAAGCGACGACCACGUGGCACCGCUGCAAAAUCGGAGUGCAAGAACAACCAAGAUGUGUUACCAUCGUUCAGCUUAAAGGAUGAAGUGCUGGAAAAACCUGAAAAUGCGCAAAAUGCCUGUAGUAAGAGUAAAAAGUCAUCAAAGACAGCAGGCACGUCGUCAAGUACGGCACGCAAACGGCAAUUGGAAUACGAAACCGCUAAAGCUAUGGCUCUCGUGGAAAUACAAGCAGCGGAAGCUGAAGCUAAAGACAAGGUUAAAAGUGCUCAGGCAGUAGCUGCCAAGAUUAAGGCAAAUAUUCAGUCGAAGCUGCUAAACAAACAGCUUGCUGCUGAAAUGGCUGAAUUGGAAUCUCGAUCACGCUGUUCCCACAAGUCAGCUGUAAAAUCUUCGACCAGCAAAGUUGAAAAUUCUGCCCCAGGAAACCAGCAUAAGGAGAACCGAGAAGAUUACUCCCGUGAAACAAUCGGCCUAGAAAAGCUGGCACAUGCCUUGAAUGAGGCAGUGGCUGCCUCAUCAUAUAAAACACAGAACCAGGAGCUCUUAACAAGAUUAGCAACGUCUAAAGACCUGCCUUUAUUUUUUGGAGAUCCAAUGGAGUGGUUGCAGUUUAAACAGGCGUACCAAGAAUCUACCCAAUUAUGCAAAUAUAGUGACACAGAGAAUUUAUGGCGGCUGCGUAAGUGUCUUCGUGGCGAUGCUAAAGAAGCGGUGACUUCACUCUUGAUUGGUGGAACUACACCCGAGUUAGUAAUUGACACCUUAGAACUUCGAUUUGGCAAACCAGAAACAAUUAUGAGUAUAAUAGUUCUACAGCUAAAAAAGCUAUGUCCGUUGCCGCUAACUUAUCAUAAUGAUAUCAUUAAUUUUGCAAUAAAAAUAAAGAACUAUGUGGCUGCUACCAAAGCAAUGCAACAAAGUGAUUAUCUUCGCAGCCCGGAAUUAGUAUCAAUUGUCGUAUCCAAACUUCCAACUUUACUUGUCGCAAAAUGGACCGACUACGUUUAUGAACAGCGGGAGUGUAAUUUACCGAAGCUGGAAUUGCUUAGUGAUUUUUUAUACGAGGAAGCCACUAAAACAGCUGCAUCAGGAGUAAGUCACAUUCACGCUCUAUAUAAUUUAAAGAAGCUCGAUGAACGUAAACACCGUUCACACUCGCUGUUACUGUACACAAAUAGUAAUCAAUUACAAAACGCUGAAAAGUGUAUAUUUUGCCGAAAAGGGGCUCAUGGUGUCUCAGAUUGUUCACGGUUUAAGCGCGCUUUACGCAAAGAUCGCUGGCGAUUUGUACGCGUAAAUAAACUUUGCUUCAAAUGUCUUGCCCCCCGCCAUACGAAUGGUAUGUCUUGUAAUAGCAGUAAUUGCGACAUUGACGGCUGCAAUCAACCGCAUCAUCGUUUACUGCACUGGAUUAAACCAUUGGAAGAAAGCUUAAAAACUGUGGAGCGAGGUGAGGAUGAGCAUCCCAGCACCAAUGAAACAGUGACUCAUACAGUGGCAUCCCAAUGUCACAAGGUGCUUUUGAAAGUGGUGCCGCUCACUCUUCACGGACCGAAUGGCAGUUUACAUACGCAUGCACUACUGGAUGAUGGAGCUACUGUGACGGUGAUAUCCUCUGAUAUAGCAGAUGAGCUCGGAUUAUACGGUGAAAACGUGAUAUUACGCGCGCGCAGCGCAUGGGAUUCGGGCGAGCUUGUGUGUGAAUCUCAAGUAUUGCACGAUGCGGUUCGUAGAUCCUUCACGUUAGAAUCUAUUGGUGUAGGUUCGAAGCCGCGCCGCAACCCAGACGAAAUACGCGCUUUACAAAUAUUAGAUGACACUGCAGAAUUAGUACAUGGUCAAUGGACUGUCGGCUUACCGUGGAAAUACGAUGAAUUACAUUUACCCGACUCUUACCCUAACGCUUUUAAUCGGUUAAAGUCAAUAGAAAGAAAAUUUUUGCUCAACAAAGAGUAUGCAACUCGUUAUUGUGAAAGAAUGACAUACUUAUUUUCUAAUGGUUAUGCUAGAGAACUUAACGAGACCGAUGAAAACCUUAAUAAACGUAUAAUAUGGUAUUUGCCGCACUUUGGUGUAGAUAAUCCAAAUAAGAAAAAACUGCGUUUAGUUUAUGACGCGGCAGCAAAGUCGAACGGUUAUUCUUUAAAUGAUUUUCUUUUACAAGGCCCUGAUUUGUUACAAUCGUUAUUAGGAAUAAUGUAA